AUGGGGGCAGACACCCCCUUCACCUGUGGGCCUUAUGCCGCCGUUGGAGAAACUCCCGAGUCAGAUGAGGACUUGCGCCUUGCUGCAGAUCUUGACUCGCUUGCGCCACUGGGUGCUGAAGAUGAGCAAUCUCAGCCAGGAGCUCUCGCUCUGAAGACCAUGAAGCUGCUUUGCACGAUUCUUGGCCUCGGCGCUGUUCUCCUCGUGUGCCUUGUAACGCUGGGGGCUGCCAGGACCAGCUGGAGGCCUUUGAUGCCUGGGAACGAACCCUUGAAGCACCAGGCGGAGCCGCCGGAGCCGCCUUCGCAGCUCUGGAAGCCACCGCUUUGGCACAAGGAUUGGCAAGGCAACGAUGUGAAGGAUUCUUGGGACCAUUUCACAAUGCCAACAUGUGACAGCGGACCAAAGCCUGGUACGUUGAUCAAGGCAUCAGCGGCGGCGCAGAUGCGAGCAGGAGGUCAGCAUCGAAAGCUACGUGCAUCCAACACAACGGAGCAUUGGGUCUUGGCGAAGCGAACGCCAGCACAAAAGGAGUGCGCAGAGCAUAAGCGUGUCGCCAACGAGUACCAUCAGCGAUUGAUCAGCGAGCAUUGGGCAUUUGUAAAGCGCCGCGACCAGAUCCGAGAGCUUCACAUCUGGCAGGGCCAGCACCGUUGCAAGGCACAGCUUGUGAACACUGAUUUCGACAGCCAGAUCUCUUGGGAGGAUCCCAAUGGCAGAGAGUCACCUGCACACUGCCAGAGGGUCUGUACUUGGAAUCCCGGCUGCCAUGGCUUUGCUUGGAGCAGCUGGGGAUGCUUCUUGAAGCGGCAUGAGCUCGUAAAGAAGCCGCAGGCAGGUGUCUAUGCAGGCUUCCCUUGCGGAGCAGAGGAGCAGCCAUACCCAUGGCCUCAUCAAGAAGUUGAGAAGCACACAAUGCCACAACCCAAGGCACUGCAGGUGGCCCCGGCGAUGUCAACGUACUGCACCAUGGUGAUUUUGCCGUACUCCUACGAGGUUGAUCUGGUCCUCAUGCAGUACCAGAACUACUACAGCAUUUUUCAAUGUGAUCUUUGGGGAGUGUACAGCAGCCAGCGCUUGCAUCUGGCCCCGGGGCUGGUGACGAGGAUCAUGAACACGUCGCAGGACCCUCCUCUCCUUUCUUGGCUACCGGACCUCCUCAAGGAAUUCCUGGAAGCUGGGGACCCAUCCCUCCAAGAGGCUUCACCUUUGAACCUCGCGGGUGCCUUCGGUGCAUCGGUGUCGUCGGCUUUUGAUGUGCUGGGGGUGAGUCCACCCAAGUCUUCGGCACCUCAACCUGACCAAGGAGAACGCUUUAUUGCCGCCCUCACCGGGGAAAGGAAGAAUAUACCAUCCUGGAGCGGACAACCCGGGACAUUGCGUUCCUGGUUGAAACUUCUGGCAUGCUGGGAGGCUGAGGCGACUCUUCACCGCGAAAAAUGGGGAUUGCGACUUUACCAGUCUUUCCCCGAGAACUCCCAGCCGAGGAAGAUUGCGGACCAGAUCCCAAUGUCUGAACUUUUGUCGGCCAAUGGUUACGACUUGGUGCUGACGGCAUUGAUGACGAAGUACCGUCCCUACCUGCACAUCGCUGGGCCGGCGAGCGUGGACAAGUUCUUCUUCGCCGGAGACCGAGGCAAGGGCAAGAGCUUUGCAAGCUUCAUAGCCACCAAGGAGGUGGCUAGGCAGGAGUUGGAAACGAACUUGGGCGAGCGCCUCAAUGACAAGGUGGCUGGACGGAUAUUGCUUCGUCAAGCUCAUCUUUCAGAACUGCAGCGCGAACUGAUUUCGUUGAGAGAUCAGUCAACGCUGAUGGGAUUUGAUGAGAUUGCCAAUAUGCUCAGGCCCCUGGACGGCGAAGAGCUCCAGAUCUACUUCGAGGACCGCACUUACGACGAGGAAGAGUCCCUCUACCUGGCAGCAUACCACUCGGCCUAUGCGGACGUGAGAAAGGGCAGGGCCGAGGACGCUUCUUCCGUGGCAGGUGGCGCCAGUGGCAAGGGGACGAACGCCGACAGGAAGGUGAACUUCGUGGUUUCUCGAGGACGAUUUCUGUCUUCGCUGGAAUCCAAGUUUCUGGGCUACGAAGCCUUGGUGGACACGGCGGCGGAGGACGCGGUGAUCGGCGCCAGAGCUAUGGAUUCACUUCGUGCGGAGCUCGCUAAGCUUGGCUUGCAGCCUCAACCGGUUUCUCCACAAGGACCUGAGGUUCCCUGCGCUGGUAUUGGGGGCGAAGCCAAACUGGAGAGUGUUCAGGAUGUUCCCAUCGCGGUGGCGGGCAUCCAUGCUCUGCUCAGGUUCCAUGUCCUGCGAGAUGGCGAGUUCACGACCCCGCCAUUGUUGCCGAUCAGCUUGCUUGAGGCCAUCGGCUCCAACAUCGACCUCCCUUCAGAGCGGCUGUCUACUGCGGCUGGGUACAGUACACCCAUGACUCGCCUCCCUUCGGGCCAUCGUACGGUGUCUAUCUUGGAUUUCCAAGGUCGGCCAUGGACUCUGCCGCUACAACUUCGUGUGGCAGAUGAAGAUCCGUUUCAAUUGAAGCGGCCCUCUUCUUCCUGGACGGGAGCCUCCUCGAUGACAACUUCGACUUCCCACAGGACAACUUCCACCGGCAGCUCAGGCCAUGAAGAUUUUCGGGGGGGAAGUGAGAGCAACAACACUGCAACUUGUGGUUUCGGCAUUUCUGCCCCGACAUCCCUGGUGGCCUUUCGAGCCGGGGAAGAUGUUGAAGCCAAGGCAUGGGACUUCAUGCAGAACUCAAAGUGGUCGAUGCAGGACAUGGAUGAACUUUUGCACUCCUUGCAUCCUGCAAGGUUGGACCACUUCCGCCUGAUCAUGCGAAAAGCCCCACGAGGCAAGGAGCCCUCACGCUCCUUCUCGGCAGUCUUCGGAGUGUAUGCUCACGGCGCCUUCGUUGGAAUGACAAAGUCUACUUCGAAGUAUCCUUGUUUGGUGAAGUACGUCAACAGCUGGUUGAGGCACCAUGCUCCAGAAGCUUCCUUCAGUUCAUUUAGCAUAGGUGCCAAUGUGCAGGCCCCGCUGCAUCGGGAUGUGAAUAACGAGGUAACCUCGAAGAACCUCACGGUGUCCUUCGGCAAGCACAAAGGUGGCUCGCUGUGGAUUCAGAAUGACGACUCUGGAUUCUCUUCAAGGCAGAGCAAAACAGUGAAGGGACCACAGGGACAGGACCUCCAUGGAAGUUUGGUUCGAACCCAGCAUCGCCUCGUCAGUUUUUCUCCCAAAUUGUGGCAUGAAGUUACACCUUGGAAGGGGUCUAGGAUUAGUUUGACGGCCUAUACUUCCCGGGGAGUGCACACGCUGAAGCCUGCAGAUGAACGACAAUUGCGUGACCUUCUCUUUCCCCUCACGGCCCCUCCAGAGAUUCCAGUGAGUUGCACGCUUGUGGAGUUUCAGGAUGAAGUGCCGCUUGAAACACAGUGCAGACAUGCAGAGUAUGACCUAGAGCACGUCAUUGAUGAGGUGAAUUUGUCAUGCAACUCCGUCCCUUCGUCCUCAGCAUCCUGGUUCGAGCGGAUGAUUUCGCGAGCAGCCAAACAACGGGCGGACCAGCUGGUGGCCAACGAGAUGCGGCGGAACGAGAUCCUUCCCAAAAAGAAGUUGGGCACUGCCAAGGUGGAGAUGGCGUGGAAAAGGAUUACGGCCCGAAUUUUGAUGAUGUUGGCCACGGCAAGGCAGCAGAUGGUGGUGGACGAGUUCUAUAUGCAGGACCAGAUCGAGGACAACCCGAAGGAGAGAGCCUCAUCGUCCCACCAGAACAGCCACAAGCCGCGCACCAAGAAGGCGGCACACAUCAGUCAGGGGAUCGGACAGCCACUUGCCAGAUCGAAGGCCCACAAGACCUGCGCCCUCGAGCCGAGUGCCUGUCAACAUCCCCCAGACAAGCUGCGUUGUCGGGCGAACUCGGUGUCACAAUGGUGGACGUGCGCCCUAUGCGGGAGUCGAUGGCAGAGGAACGACGCAGUGGAUGUCAUCCAGGAGAAGCUGCCACCGACCUCCGAGAACGAGCCGAAGAUCGCGGGAUCUCGAGGGCAGGAGUUUCCGAAAUUCCUCCCAGCGCCUCGCAGCCGACCUCACCAAGGCGACGGUCGAGUUGGACAACCACGGGAGUCCAAGAACGUUGGCUUCGGCAUCCUCGAGCGAGACUGGUGGAACUGGAGCGAUGCCGGCAACAACGCAGAAGGCGAGCAAGCAGCCCAAGCCGGCUACACAGCGAUCGCCCUCAAGGACCCGAACAACUUCGCAUGGAACGAGGAUGAUCCA